CGACAGGUAGCGGUACAUAGUAUAUCUUCGAACAAGUUCGAACUUCUAUAUAGAUUCCUUAUGCUUUAUCAGGAAAAAAGCGACGCUUAUCAGGAAUCGUAAAAAAUUAAUUAUUUGAUCCCGCUUAUACAAUUGUUUAUUAUUUCUUAAAGAUACUUUCAAACCCGGUAAAUUUUGUCGUAAUUAAUAUUGCAAGACUGCAACUGAAAAUGUUUUCCGAAAGUAAAACUUUUUUAUGGUUCAUCAUUCAUCUCCUACUCGCUACAACGGAUGUUCAGAGUCUUGCUUUUAAUCUGGAUCAAGUGGCUGUGGAUAAUUUUCGAGAAUAUCUUCGAAUUGAAUCUGUCCAUCCGAAUGUCAAUUACACUCCCUGUAUUUCCUUUCUGAGAAAGCAGGCCCAGUCUUUGAAUCUGCCGAUAAAAGUAAUCGAAUUGGCUCCAAACAAACCCCAAGCGGUGAUAACAUGGAAGGGCACAGAGCCUGAAAAGCCCUCGAUAUUACUCAGUGGUCACAUGGAUGUCGUUCCCGUUUUUCCAGACAAAUGGAAACACUCACCGUUUGGAGCCGAAAUGGAUGCCGAAGGCAACAUUUACGCUCGAGGAGCUCAGGACAUGAAGAGCGUUAGUAUUCAACAUAUCGAAGCAAUUCGUCGAUUAAAACUAGGUGGAAUUCGACUAAAACGAACAGUUCACUUGUACUUUUCCCCGGAUGAAGAAAUCGGAGGAAAACUUGGAAUGGAAGCUUUUCUCAACUCCCAAGAAUUCAAAAAUCUAAAUGUUGGAUUUGCUCUAAACGAAGGAGGCAUUUCCGAAAGCAACAAAAUUAUCGUUACAUAUGCGGAAAAAGCGCCUUAUCAACUACAGAUCAAUUGUCCAGGAGAAACGGGUCAUGGUUCAACGUUAUUCAACAAUACAGCUGGAGAUAAACUGCGAUACAUUAUUGAUCGUUUCAUGGAUUACAGAGCUUCGGAAAAGGCGAAGUUGAUAGAUCCAAGGGUGAAAGCUGGAAAUGUUACGUCCAUUAAUUUAACAAUGCUAAAGGGAGGUCUUCAAAUGAAUGUUGUCCCUCGCGAACUGUCGGCAGCUUUCGAUAUCAGGAUACCACCGGAUCUUAAAAUUUAUCGAACUUUCGAGGAAAUGAUACAAAAAUGGUUGGAGGAUGUUGGCUGUGAAGUCGAUGCUAGCACCAAGAAUCAUUCGGUGCCUGUCAAGGGCACACGAUUAGAUGACAGUAAUGUUUACUGGAAGCCUUUCAGAGAAGCUUGUCUUAAAUCUGGAGUUGAGAUCGAUCUUUCUAUUGCUCCUUGGGCUACCGACGCAUACUCUUUACGAGCUAUUGGGAUUCCGGCAUUAGGAUUUACACCAAUUAACAAUACUCCUCCGCUUCUUCAUUCUCACAAUGAAUAUUUAAAUAAAGAUGUUUUUCUAAAAGGAAUAAUUAUAUUCAUGGACAUUAUAACAGCCAUUGCUAACGUUUAAUGAAUUAGAGAUUCGAAAUUUAUAAUUUUAAUAAAGUAUUACCUAAACUAUAA